GUGUUCAACGUCAAACGGAUACUAUUUGGGUAAAUAUCUAUUUUUCUGGAUGAAACAAGUCUCUCAAGAAUAAAACACGUAGCGUGGCCGUGGGGAACAUACUAGUGUAACCGUGGCAGACUUGAGGAAAUAACUGCGUAUUUUCUCUGUUGUUGUUGUUGCUGCUGCUGCUGCUGCUGCUGCGAAAUUGUGGUCUGGAGCUAACGUGGGAGCUAUUUUGACUCCAGGAGACAUCUGCCAAUAAGCUAGCAUGCCAAAUGAAACUGACCACGUCGAGGGUGGAGGAGGCAAGGAGUCUGAGGAGAGUACCCAGGACAUUCCAAAGCAGACUGUGAGGAAGAGGGUCAGAACAAACACCCCUAGUCCACACCGAGGCUCAGACACUCCACAAGCCAGUCCCCCCAGAUUUGUGUCAGUAGAGGAGUUAAUGGAGACAGCAAAGGGAGUCAACAACAUGGCUUUGGCCCAUGAAAUAAUGGUUAACCAGACUUUUCAAGUUAAACCCUCUGAGUUUCCUGAAGGAAGUUUGGAGCGCAGAGUGAAGGAGAUGAUGCAAAAAGCAUUCUGGGAUUGUCUGGAAGCUCAGUUGAAGGAGGAUCCACCGCAGUACAUGCAGGCCAUCAAACUGUUGGCUGAAAUGAAAGAGACGGUGCUGUCUUUCUUACUGCCGGGCCAUGGUCACCUGCGGUCCCGUAUUCAGGAGGUCCUGGAUUUGGCUCUAAUCCAGCAGCAGGCAGAAAAAGGAGCACUUGACAUUGGCAGUCUGUCUCAGUUCAUUAUUGAGAUGAUGGGCUCUCUCUGUGCCCCUUGCAGGGAUGAAGAAAUCAGUAAACUUAAGGAGAUCACCGAUUUUGUGCCUCUGCUCAAGGCUAUUUUCUCACUAUUGGACCUAAUGAAGUUGGACAUGGCUAACUUUGCUGUAAACAGCAUCAGGCCUCAUCUGAUGCAGCAGUCAGUUGAAUAUGAGAGGAACAAGUUCCAGGAGUUUCUGGACAAACAACCUAAUGCUUUAGACUACACUGAGAAAUGGAUCAAGGACACAGUGAAGGACUUGAGAGAGGUUUCUUCCACUGCUGCAUCAUCUGGUCCUUCGACUCUCCUCCCUGCAAGUGUCUAUAAUCAAGCAUAUUUGCGACUACUGAAGUGGAACCACCUCGCAGAACCCUUUCCUGAGACAAUGCUGAUGGAUCAGGCUCGCUUCCAGGAAAUGCAGCAGAUUCUCGAACAAUUAGUUAUGCUGUCGUCCGUGCUACUCAUCGUCUAUACUACCACAGGAGAAGCCAUUUCGGGGCUUCCGGGCCUUAUGGAGAAGCUUAAAAUCACUGUUCAAGCCAUGCUUGCAGACAUGCACACUCCGUCCUUCAGUCUGCAAGAGGCCUUAGCGACGACUGGGGAGAAACUGUGCAUGGAGUUGAGUCAAUGUUUAAGCCAACAUGGCUAUGCCACAUUAUCUACUGACCGGAAAAACACUUUGAUGGGGCAAAUCUCAGCCAUUAUCCAGUCGGAUAACACAGUCCGCAAGCUGAUGGACUCCAGGAUUCAGAACUACCUCUUGGCAUUCCUUGAGUUCGGUCAACACAAGAACCCUCCUCUGCCUGGAGGUCUCGCACCAGUCAACAAGGAACUGAAAGAACUUGCAAUUCGCUUCAGUCACCUCAUCAACUUCAAUAAGCUAGUCUUCUCUCCAUUCUACCAAAAGAUUCUCCGCAAAUGCUUGGCAUCAGGAGAGUGCUCCGACACAGAGACAUGAGCGCUAUGUUGCACACUGGUGUUAAGUAGACCUGCAAGCUAACACUUCAUUUCUAAAAAAAAGGAGCUGAUAAUGUUCAGUAGGAAUUGCUCAAAAAAAUACAUUGGCAUUACAUAACAAUGAAAAAAACAUGUCUUUUUUUUUUUACCAUCCUUCUGCGUUAGACUGCCUUGUGAAACGGUACAUUAGCAGGGAAAGGAGAUAGUUGUUGUGCCGCAAAACUCAGAAAUAGCUCAGGACUGUUAGUCGCAUUAACGCUGGUAAGACAUUACAAAGAUAAUUACGUGAACUGAAAAUGAAAUCGCAAAGGCUUGUUUGGCACGUACUAAGGGAAAAAAAUAAUCAACGUAGAAUAGAUUAGUUAAAAUUAUUUAUACCGUUAUAAGGUACUUUACAAUUAUUUAAAAUUGUAAUAGUAUUUUUGUUUUAGGGUGUGCAUCUAAAAGAAAUAAUAUUAACAAUAAUGGUUAAACAAAUACCAUGUGUUGUUGAAGUCUCAGAAAAAUCUAAUGACAGAUUAGGUUUGGGAAGUCUAUUUUGGUGAAUUGUAUUUCAUACAUUGACUGACCACAAUGUGCUCUAAAGCAUAUUCAGUAUUAGAAAUCAAAUUAUGUGUCAAAUAUUUCAACACUCAAAUAGUAACUAUUAUCACCUAUAAGCAGGAAAUAAAUACAGUGCAUCUGUAAAGUAUUCACAGUACUUCACAUUUUCCACAUUGUUAUGUUACAGCCAUUAAUUGUUGUCCUUAGAAUUCUACAGAUAAUGUGAAAAAUGUUUAACAAAUUUUAAAAAAUUGCUAAUUUAUUUAAAUAAAUAAAAAAUCACAUGUACAUAAGUAUUAACAGCCUUUGCUCAAUACUUUGUUGAUGCACCUUUGGCAGCAAUUAGUCUUUUUGAAUACGAUGCCACAAGCUUGGCACACCUAUCUUUGGGCAGUUUUGCCCAUUCCUCUUUGCAGCACCUCUCAAACUGCAUCACGUUGUAGUGAAAGUGUUGGUUUUCAUCCAGGAUGUCUCUGUAUAUUGCUGCAUUCAUCUUGGUCUAGUCAGGGAGGUGACCAACAAUCUGUCGGAGCUACAGCAUUCCUCUGUGGAGAGAGGAGAACCUUCCAGAAGGACAACCAUCUCUGCAGCAAUCCACCAAUCAGGCCUGUAUGGUACAGUGGUCAGACGGAAACCAUUUCUUGGUAAAAACAAAAAAAGUAUGCCAAAAUGCACCUGAAAGACUCUUAAAACACAAUUCUUUGGUCUGAUGAGACAAAAAUUGAACUCUUUGGCGUGAAUGCCAGACAUCAUGUUUGGAGGGAACCAGGCACUGCUCAUUACCAGGCAAAUACCAUCCCUACAUUGAAGCAUGGCGGUGGCAGCAUCACGCUGUGGGGGAUGGUUUUUAGCGACAGGAACUGAAAGACUAGUCCGGAUGGAGAGAUAAAUGCAGCAAUGUAUUAAGACAUCCUGGGUGAAAACCGAUGCGUCUCAUCCAACCUGAUGUGCUGCAAAGAGGAGUGGGCAAAACUACCCAAAGAUAGAUGUGCCAAGCAUCUUGCAUUGUAUUAAAAAAUACUUGAUUUAACAAAGUAUUAAGAGAAGGCUGUGAAUAAUCAUGUACAUGUGAUUUUUAUUUGUUUAACACAUUUGCUAAAUAAGAAAAUAAUUAUAGGGUAUUGUGUGUAGAAUUUUGAGGACAACAAUGAAUUUAUUUCAUUUUGGAAUAUGGUUGAAACAUAAAAUGUGGAAAUAGGGAAGCGCUGUAAAUACUUUUAUUACAAAAUAUAAGGAUUGUUACAUAUUACUACAUAUUGUUCAGAACGGUUGUCCCUAAAGCAUAUGGGAUUACAAUAUAAAACCUGAGUACACAGUUUUUGUAUGUUUAUAGCUUCAACAACGCUAACCUUAGUUAUACAUGCUGGCCUCCAGUCAGCUCAGGCAGUGUUGACAGUGGAUUUUUUUUUUGGUGGAAACUGAUUGAUUGAUUGAAACUUGUAUUAGUAGAUUGCACAAUACAAUACAUAUUCUGUACAAUUGACCACUAAAUGGUAAUGACGACAACAGUUACUGUAGUUAACGUACACUAGAGUGCAUGUUCCUUCUCUCAUUUCAUUUCAUAUAGUGUUAUCCAAGAGAGUUUUUUGUUUUUUUUUAUGUAAUAUCAUAGCGAAACGGAAUCCCAUAAUGCUGGGACAGGUACAUACAUAACCAGUAAAUGCCCAUAGUCAGCUAGAAAGGAACCUUAGAGGAAGGAAAUCAAAACUUCAGAGUCCAUUUUUUGUUUAGGAAGAAUGUCAAAUGACCAAUGUUACAAGAAUAUGACACUGCCGAGUCGCAGAUCAACUUUAAGAAGGUAUUUUUGUGUUUUGACGUCCUGAGAAUGAUAGGACGGCUGCAUCAGACAGCUUAAAUGAACUGGAACUGUAUAUGACUUUGUGCUGAUAGAAAGAAGAUUUUAUAAGUUUUAGUUCUUUCUGCUCCUUUUUUGUUGAUGCAAAAAUGAUGUUGCAUUUGUUUUGAAAUUAAUUAAAUUUAAAAAAUUAAAUUAUCCUAUUUAGGGUUUCCAAUCUCCUUAAUUAUUUUACCUACUUUUUGCACUAGUAGUUCUAUCGUCUUUCACAACCACAGGACAUGGUUGGAGUACAGGACAGGCCAUUUGAAAAAAAAACAAAAAAACAAGCUAUUUGAAACAUUGUCAUUAGUUAUGUAAGAUGAAAAUGAUGAAACUUAAAUUGGUGUUGUGGAACAACUUGAACCAUUUUGUGGUAUAGAAUUUCAGAAAUGUGCUGUUUAUGAAAUGCUUAAAACAGUUUGCUUCGUGUUGAGACACUAAUGCACAAUUACACUGAUACACACGUUGUGAAUGUUAAUACAACUUGACAAUAAAGAAAUGUACAUCUCA